UGAUACGGCUCUGUCACAACUACCUUGAAACAUAUUUAACACAAUGAUUCUUCUAUAAUAAUAAUAAACGGCAUAAAAAUACUAAACAGAUAUUCAAUUCCUAUCUCGACUUGAUACGAGUACACACUGGCUUAUCAAUAAUAAUCUGCAAGUCUGCCAUGUGAAGUGUUUGAUCAAAAUGUUGGUCAGAAUAUCUUCGAUAAUUCUUUUACCUUGACACUACUUCUCACUCUUAUUGAGACUUACAGAUAGUGUAAACCAAAACAAUGAUUAUCGUCGCCUUGAUUGUUAUUAUACUAACCUAUAUCGUGUGCUAUAAUUACAAAUUGUUGACUUAUUGGAAGAGAAAAGGUGUCAAGUAUGUACCGCCUCUGCCUUUUGUCGGAAACAGUUUACCAGUGUUGUCAGGAAAUAAGAAUUUGAAUGAGUUUGUUAUUGAUUUGUAUCGAUGGUAUCCUGAGGAAAGGUAA